AUGUCAUCAUCCUCUACGACAACCUCGUCUCCCACGCGCACGAGCUACACAUCAUGGUCGGACACUCCGCCUCCAGAAUGUCGCACCCCCAAAGAGACACUCACCAUGGACAUCCACUGCGGCGGGCACUAUGCGGUCUCCAGGGGCGGAUGCCCUUCCGGCUACUGGUCGGCCUGCGGCUCCGAGGGGGAUACCGCCAGUCCGGUCUUCUCAACGCUCGCGACCACCAACGGAAAGAAGACAUCCUUGACUUCUGUGAGAUAUAUGGAGAGUCACUCCGUAGUAAUAUGCUGUCCAGGCGCGUUGCCCUGGUCAUGCUCAACAGACAGACCCAGGCCGACCGAAACCAAUUGCAUCCUGACCACGAAAGCCGGCUACCUCGCCUUCAACCCGGCCGAAACGCAACUCUCGCCAAUCUACGCCUACGGCGUAACCGUCUCCCUAGCUGUACGCGACGCUGUAGCAUACACCAGUAUAUCACCGGAAUACAAGACAACUUACAUUGGAGAGGGGAAGCCUACUACCGUGUGGUGCGAUAACGAAUACUGCAUGGGCGCGUUCGAUACGCCGAUGACGUCCACCUAUUCCUACCCAUACGCAACAGCCACGAGCGGAGAAACGGCCACAUCAGCGGGGCCGUCCGUCCCGCAGCCGCCGGAGAAGAUGGGACAGCUCGGCCCGCUGGCCAUCGUUGCGAUUACGGGGUUGGCGGGGGCCUUACUAUUAACGCUCGCACUUCUGUCUCCAUUCAUGGGCGAGUAUCGGCGGCGCAAGAAGGGACAGAGUCCACCAGGGGAAGUCAAUACUCAGUGA